UAUGCGAGAUACCUGAGCUGCAGGUUCUGGGAUUCUGACAGGCAGCUGGAGUUUCUGCUUCAAGUCACUGCUGGCUCUGAACGCAAGCCUCAGCUGCUGAGAGAGACCACGAAUCCUUCGGUGUGUGCCUGCACACCUCGUGGUGGUGCUUUCGCACGGGGCUGCAGCGUACGGAGAAAGAGAAGGGUCACUCCCUCCACCUGGUCGGAUCAUGUGGAAGAAGAGGAGGUCCCAGCGCCUGGAGAUUUCGGCUCCUCGGGACUUUGAGCACAGGCUGCACACUUCCUUUGACCCCCACGACCAGAGGUUUGUCGGUCUGCCCCAGCAAUGGCAGGGGCUGCUGGCGGAAACCCUGAAACGGCCGAAACCUUUAGUAGAUCCAUCCAGCGUCACGCCUGUGGAGCUCACCCCACUAAAGGCCAUCGUCCGUGGAAGCAAGUCGGCGGCCAACGGCCACAUCACGGAGCUGCUGGCUGACCUGCAGAAAGUCUCGGUGUCGAGGUCCAACUCUUUGCGGAGAAACACGGUCUGUUUGUCUCAGGGGAAGCCCUGUUCGCUGAGGAGGAUCGAAGAAGACGGCGCCCGGGAGAUGUCACAGAAGCCGCCCAGUUCCACCCACCGCUGGAGCAGGAUCUUCACCCGCAGUCACCACGGCAAGAACCGUGGAGGAGAGGGCGGGAGCAGCCAACUGAAUGGAGGUGGGCCCCACUUGAACAAGUCGGUCCAGAACCUGUCCAUCCCCUCGUUGGAGUACGAGCGGCAGAGGAUGCACCCAUUUCCACCCGGAGCUCAGGAUGGCACUCUCCCCUCUGACAGGAUCCCCUCGGAGACCACCCAGCCCCACGUGGAGAGAAGGCUGAGACCGGGGAGAAGGAACAGUCUGGGCUGGAGGCCCAUCUCUUGCUUCUUCGGUCGCUCCAGCCCAAAGGGCGCGAGGGGACUCAGCACCUCCCCCGGCUCUCCAAAUCGUGGCACCACUGGUCACCCAUUCAACAGCAGUCUGCCCUCGGACACCUCGCCAGGUAUAUCAGCAAGAGGCACCACAACCAAACAAAUUCAGGUUGACCAGUUUGAGCGGAAUGGUGGAGUAAUUCCCAACGGUGCUCCGAGGUCAGGGCGGAGUGCAGUAACAAGUGCUGAGCAGAAGCAGGCCGGAGCCACGCCCACACUGAACCCUGACUCCAUGCCAAUAACAGGGAAUGUCGCCCGGCAACCGCCCGGUCCGAGAGAGCCUGGCUCCCACCGGAAUAGCUGCCCACAGCUGGUUCUAACUCACCGUGAAAUCCAACCUACCAGGGAAGGCCAAAGAGUUACACACGAACAGUUCAGGAGUGCCAUGGCAAUGGUGGUCAACCAGACUGACCCCAGGAAACACCUGGAGACCCUCAGUCAGAUUGGGGAGGGCUCCACUGGCAUUGUGUGUGUGGCCACCGAGAUACUUACAGGCCGCAGGGUAGCAGUGAAAAGAAUGGACUUGAGGACACAGCAGCGCAGGGAGCUGCUGUUCAAUGAGGUUGUGAUCAUGAGAGACUAUCACCAUGAGAAUGUGGUGGAGAUGUACAGCAGCCACCUUGUUGGGGAUGAAUUGUGGGUGGUCAUGGAGCUGCUGCAGGGAGGUGCACUCACCGAUAUCAUCUCCUACACCAGGAUGGAUGAGGAGCAGAUCGCUACUGUUUGCCUGUCAAUACUGAAGGCUCUGGCGUAUCUCCAUUCCCACGGUGUGAUCCAUCGAGACAUCAAGAGUGACUCCAUUCUGCUGACACUUGACGGACGGGUUAAGCUCUCAGACUUUGGGUUUUGUGCCCAAGUGAAUGAGGAGAUUCCAAGGCGUAGGUCUUUAGUUGGGACUCCGUACUGGAUGGCUCCGGAAGUGAUCGCCCGGUUACCAUACGGACCAGAGGUGGACAUCUGGUCACUGGGCAUCAUGGUGGUGGAGAUGAUUGAUGGAGAGCCCCCCUACUUCAGUGACUCUCCUGUCGAGGCUAUGAAAUUGCUGCGGGACAACUUGCCCCCCAGACCGAAGCUGGAACACAAGGUCUCCCCGAUUCUCAGGGACUUCAUCAGCCGCAUGCUUGUCCACGACGUGAUAGAGAGAGCCACGUCCAUUAAGCUGCUCGAACACCCGUUUCUGCUCCAGGCUGGUUCUCCAGACUGCCUCAUCUCCUUGAUCCAGGGCUGCAGCCUGCGAUGAAGAUGCUGGAAGACUUCACAGUUCCAUGGGAAUGUGUCACUCUGUCCUCAGAAGGUCAAUGCUCCGGGUGCAAGGUUUGUACCAAAAGAAGAGAUGGAGGCUGGACCCACAAAUACUGACUCUCACUAGUACACAGUCCCAUAUACAGACUGACUCUCACUGGCACACAGUCCCAUAUACAGACUGACUCUCACUGGGGCACAUUCCCAUUCACACACUGCCUCUCACUGGGACACAGUCCCAUAUACACACUGACUCUCACUGGGACACAGUCCCAUAUACAGACUGACUCUCACUGGGGCACAGUCCCAUAUACAGACU